AUGAAAUACCUCGGACUCGUGCUGGAUGGCCGUCUGCACUUUGAGGCUCACUUCCUCGCGCUGGCGCCCAAGGCGGAGAGCAUGGCGGCCCAUUUGUGUCGGCUUAUGCCAAACCUGUGCGGCCCCAAGGAACAGGUGCGGAGGCUCUACAUGAGUGUCGUCAAUUCGAUCGUGUUGUAUGGUGCCCCGAUGUGGGCUGGGGACGCCGCGGACAGCCGGCGCAUACGGACGAUUCUGCGCGGGGUGCAAAGGAGGACCGUGGGCAGGGUGGUGAGAGCGUACAAGACAGCCUCGCACACGACGGUUACGGCGCUCACGGGUACGCCGCUGCUCGAGAUGGUCGCACUCAUGUACGCGGAAGAGCAUGCGGAAGUGUCCGCGUUGAAAGAGGUACACGGGGUGGAGAGUGUCCCGCCGCAGGCGGUGCAGCUGGUGCGGAAUCGUACGAGGGGCAGAAUGAUGACCCGAUGGAGGUCAUGGUUGAAUGAGCGGGAGCUGGGAGGCGACCCUCUGGUCAAAGCCAUCGCCCCCCAUCUGGACAGAUGGGCGGCUGCCAGAGUUGGCCUUUCCUUCCGUGCGACGCAGGUGCUCACUGGUCAUUGGUGCUUUGGCCGGUACCUGUGUCGCAUUGUUAAGGAGGUAACCCCGAGGUGCUGGCACUGCGGUGCUGUGUGCGACACUGCGCGGCAUACGCUCCGUUACUGCCCUGCAUGGAGCGACGACAGAAAAAGGCUGACCGAGGCGAUGGGACAGGACCUCACGACGCCGAACAUCGUGAGAGGUCUACUGUUCUCGAGAAUAAAAAGGAAGGCAUUCUUCAUUUUUUGUGAAAAUGUGAUGAGGAGGAAAAAGGAGCAGGAGAGAGCUCGGGAGGGAGUCCCGGUGAGAGUGGAGAACGUGCCGGGAAACACGGUCGUAGGGCGCGCCACCAUUGGGCCCCGGCGAUAG